AUGUUUGCUGCCACACUUGAAGGACUGGACGUGUCCAGUGGCCUGGCUGUAGCGACCAUUGACUUCGAUGUAACGUCCAUUGACUUUAAUGUAACGUCAAGUUAGUUCUCGUAUAAUCUUACUUUCUUAAGUGAGGCAUGGUUUAGAAGUAACAGCUUCUGCCGUGCACCCCUAAAAUGAUGAAAUGGUUUAUUCAACUUUAAUUAAAACAACAACAAAAAGCACACACCGAACCCCCCCCCCCAACCAAAAAGAAAAAAUAGAGUAAAAAGUAAUAAUUUUACCCAAAAUCUGCUCUCAUUGCGCACCGUGAUGUGUUGUCAUUCGCUGCUUCCACCCCGCCGUGCCGUGGAUCACGUACACACCAAAUCCACACCAACAAAAAAAAAAAAUAUUAAAACAAUAAACACAUUGUAAAACUAGCAUGGUGUCAGUACACGCUAAAACCCUACUUUGAAAGCACUACCAGCUGUCAAUAACAACUCUAUAUAGAGUCAAUCAAUACAACCAAGAGUCGGUGGCUUAUAUAGAGAGCCAUAUGGCAAUAUUCAAACAGAUUACGCACCUCUUCCGUUAUUUUACACAUGCGAUGCUGCUUGCGUUGACCCCGGCUAGCUCUAAACGAGGUCUAAUUGUUUUAUAUAUGAUAUUAAAAUCUAAAGCGAUCCUUUGAUCGCUAUUGAAUUAAGAAUAAAGCCAAUUCACUUAAAGAUUACAUCAACAUGAUAGAGGGAAAUAAUUAAAGUAUGACACAUGAGCGGGUCGGUUGCCUUUCAAAGCUGAUUGUUUCGGUAGGAUCAAUGAGCCAUUACUAAUGAUAAGAGGAUAGUCAAAGUUUCUUUAUCAAUGUUGUUUAGUUUUAGUAAAACAAUAUACAAAUAGUCAUCCUUUCAAGUCAUGACUCAAGUCAUGAGGCGUGUGUGUGGAGAGAAUAAAUGAGGCGUGUGUGUGGAGAGAAUAAAUGAGGCGUGUGUGUGGAGAGAAUAAAUGAGGCGUGUGUGUGGAGAGAAUAAAUGAGGCGUGUGUGUGGAGAGAAUAAAUGAGGCGUGUGUGUGGAGAGGAUAAAUGAGGCGUGUGUGUGGAGAGGAUAAAUGAGGCGUGUGUGUGGAGAGAAUAAAUGAGGCGUGUGUGUGGAGAGAAAUGCUAGAAAGAUUCCGCCAAAUAAUUGCAGUGACCAUGGGUGACCUUCCCAUCUACUCAAGAUACUUGACAAAAUUCUGUAUUCAAAGAACGCUCUUUUAUAAUAAAUCCCCAUAAGUACUCAAUUGGGUUAAUGAAGACGGCGAUACGGCCAAACACUGCAUACACUCAUACGUACUUACAGAGUUAUUAUUUAUGCUAGAUAUAUAUAAAUAUUUCACUAGGAAAACAUGUAUGAAUUGUUAUUUUCAAAGUUAACUCUAAGAAGCACACGCACACAAACAAAAAGGAUAAGUAUGCACCUAUAGAACCAAGUUUUUUGUUUGGAUAGUAAAAUUUCAAUGUGUUCUUCUUUUCAAUUCCCAAAACUGAUGAGUGUAUUUGAUCGCUGUGUUACACCCAGGUUCCGGAGUGAGUUCGACAUUUAAGGAAACAGUCGUGCUCGUUUUCUAUCUAAUGAUCCCCGUCAUCAUCGCUGUCCUCCUCAUCUAUAUAUUUUGUUUCAAGCGAAGACGAUGGCACGCUAAGAACAAUUCAGGUACUUGGCCAACCUUAAUACAAAUCAUAAGUGAACGUUUUUGAAUCAGUCCAUGGGCAUGACAUGACGUCCUUGUUGAUAUGCGGUUGAUCGAUUUAAAAACCAAACACAAUGCAGUUACUAGACCAUGUCCGUAAAUGAAUAAAUAAUUUAUGUUUGUUUUUCAGUCCAUAUGAAUGGUUAGAAAUAAUGUGUAUAUUACUAUGAAUACUUUUGUUACUUCACAGACGUAAGAGGUCCAUUGUAACCAAAUCAUCAGUCGUUUAUCAUCUAGUUGUUUUAUUCCCAUAAGAAAACUUUUCUAUUGCUGACAUGGAACACACUGUGGGAUAGUUCUGCGAGCAUUAAAUCGCAACGUGCUGAAUGUCAUUUCGUACACCAGUCAGUAGCAGACUGAUGAUGUUUUUGGCUUCUCCCCGUAAAUAAACUAUUAGUUUAUGAGAUAAAUAUUUCCCGAAUAUCAAACUAUCAUAUUGUAUAAGUUCAUAUUGUUGGGGUUGAAAUUAAAUUUAAAAAAAAAAUAAUACGUUGUUAUUCAAUAACUAGGCGACCCGCGGCGUAGCAUGCGCCGCAAGCUUGUUGGGGUGUGCGCAAGCUGGCAAGGGAGGGUGGAUAUAGCCCGCCAAACAUUGGCGACAGCAAUGCGUCAACUUCCCAUCUACUAAAGUUACUUGACAAAAGCGUGAACUCAAGGUUACGCACAUUUAAGAAAGCCAAUUUUGCUAAACCACUUCCCCCACCCCCCUUUUUAUGAUACGUCACUGCACACUUGUUAUUUCACGCCAACCCGCGGCUUAGCAUACGCCGCAAGCUGGCUGGCAAGCAAGGGUGGGGCAAUAAGGGGGGGGGGUGGUAGCUCCACCACAGUGCGCAUGUCUUCAGACCAACGCUGGGCAGGCAUCGGGAGGGGAGGAGAGGGUUUGCCUGCGUCUUGUUUGCUCUGGCGUAUCUAUAAACAGCCUGCGUUGUGUUGGUCUUUAUUCUAGUUUUUUUGCGAAUUAUACGUUGUUUUUUUUUUGUUAAAAGAUCCAUAAAAAUGACACUUCCUAAUCACCGUUCUAGAAAACGUAUCAAAAUUAAAGAAACCACUUUAAUAUCCCCGGCAGUAUGUGUAUGAUGGUAACAAAUAACCAAAGGAUAAAGAUCGAAAGUUUUAACUAUUGCGUUCAUGAAAUAACACCCAAAAUACCAAGAUCUUCGUAUAAAUCCAUCGUUAUACAUCUAGAACGCACCCAAAGCACUUGCGAUAUUAUUUUUAAAGAUUCUCAUUUGGCACAGUUAUCGGGAAUUUUAUUUUAACAUAGAGGAUAUAUACCUUGUGUUUAUAUUAGACAUAUAUUUUAAUGCAGUCAACUAUUAAUUCUAAAGUGUUUGAGCAUAUCAAUGCCCAUGUUCUAGAGCAGCGUUGCCCAAGCGUUUAGGUUUGGCGGGCCGGUUUGACAAGUGCUCCGUGCCGUUAACGUGUUAAAAGAUUUUAAAGUGUAUCAUAUUUGGACUGGUAGUAGAGUAUGCACAGAGAACGCCGCCAAAGCUACUGAUACUAACAAUAUUUAAAAAAUCUAUAUGAAUAGAUUUCUACAAAAAUGCACGAUUUGAGUAGAGAAGCAAAAAAAAAAAAAAAAAAAAAAAAAAAAAAAAAAAAAAAAAAAAAAAAAAAAAAAAAAAAAAAAAAAAAAACAAAAAAAAAAAAAAAAAAUAAAAAAAAAAAAAAAAAAAAAAUUUAAAAAAAAAAAAAAAAUUAAAAAAAAAAAAAAAAAAAAAAAAAAAAAAAAAAAAAAAAAAAAAAAACGUGUAUCAAAUACAUCAGGUGAAAAAAAAGGUACAAUCCUCAAAAUACAAAUAAUAUUUUAUACAUAUAAUUACAUAACGUCUCGUAUGGCAAAUCUCUCUCUCUCUCUCUCUCUCUCUCUCUCUCUCUGGCUAUCUCUACCUGUCUCACUCUGACUCACUCUGUUUAUCUAGGUCUCGUUAUGUUUCUCUUUGUCUCUCUGCUAAGAAAGCUCACAAAUAUAUAUAUAUAUAUAUAUAUAUAUAUAGCAACAACAUCAGAACGUACUAAAACCGAAUGCUAGAAAUUUUGUCACGUAAUGGCAUUCUUAAGAUCGAACGGCACUCAUUCGAUGUCAAUAAGCUUUUCCCAACCGAGAAAGGGGCGGGGAAGAAAAAAGUGCCAUAGCACAUAUACUUGACGACUUCAAUAUCAAGGUCGUGCUAACGGGACAAGUCGAAGUGCGGGUGGAUAGAAACAACUUUGUGUUUAUGUGAAAACAAAGCCGUACGCUACACUAGGCUACACGUAACAACACGUUGCAAAAAAUUCACCCCGGGACAUAUGCAAGAUUGAAUCAUUUCCUUUUCCUUUUAUUUAACAAUCAAAUUUCCAUAUGUGCGGACCGCUAACGUAAUGCCCGCGGACCAGUGCCGCUUCGCGGACAACAAUUUUGGGGAAGGCCGUUCUAGAGCACUGCGUAAUUAUUGAUAGUGACAUGCUCUUAUUAUUUUUUAUUUUGUGCGCCGAGGAAUGUACAAUGAUGCGUCUGUUAAGCUAUGGAUGGACCAAGCCACACCAAUCCCUCCAGAGCCACAGAAGAUCACCAUUAAGCCAAUCGGUAAGAUAUCUCAAUUUGUAGUUUUCUUGUCCUCACAAUUUAGAUUUUAUUAGUAUGUGUACCAUUUUGGUAUCCAGUCGGCAUAUGUACGCUCUUCAUAAUAUGUACUGUAGCCAACCAAUUUGGAAAAAUCAAAUCAUCCUAUCGAGAUUAUUUUUUUAAUUGCUAAAAAUUUCAACUCUUGCUACGAAAACUAUGUGAAUAAAUGUGUUGAAAUAUUUCCUUUGUCUUAAAAAUAGUUUGACUAGUAAAAUAAUUUUUUUUUUUAAAGAUUGAUUGGUUAAAACUCAUUUUAAAUUUGUAUCCUGCACGGAUGUACUUCAAGCACCUAGAGAGGCCACAUUUCUUAUAUUUUGAAUUAUUUUUAUAAAAUGAAAAAAAAAAAUUGUAAAAAAAAAGUUUUAAAAAAUAUUUUUGAGCUGAUGUCUAGACGUCAGGACUUAUUGUUUGAGCAAUAUCCAGAAACAAGAACGAAAACAAUUUAUUCUAAAUCAAAUGGCACCAAAAAACUGUUUUUUCAAACGGAACCUAGUUCGAACAGAAGUUUGUCCGAACGGAAAUGAUGGGAGGGAGAGAAAAUAUUACCAGAGGUUUACAUUUUCCGCAUUUCUCAAACAUUUCCAUACAAAGAAAAAAUAUCUCAUCCAAACAAAUAUUAUUCCGAGCAAAUUUCUAUUUGAAAUAAAUUCCUUUUGAAAAAUCAUUCGUUUCAAUAAAAAUCGUUUAGAACAAAAUUUUUUGUUUUUUUGUUUUUUUUGUUCUACAUAUUUUGGGUAAACGUUGAUAUGUAUAGAAAUUUCUAGAAAGAGGAAAAACAAAAAACAUGUAAUAGAAUAUUAAUUUUAUGGUUUCAAAAAAAUUCUUAAUUGGAUUAUUUCAAAUCUAAUCUAUAUUUGAUUUUUAAAAUUUUUUUUUUUAUAAAACUUGCAUUUGCUUGAAUCCGCGGGAAUCUUCUGUUUUAAAAUUAUUUCUUGGUAAUGAACCUCUUUUCCCAUCAGUUCGUCUCUUUUCUAACCAGUUUUCCUCCUUCUAAACCAGAUCAUUCUUUUCUGACCAAUUCACCUCUUUUCUAAUCAGUUCGCCUCUUUCUAACCAGUUCGCGUCUUUUAUAACCAGUUCACCUCUUUUCUAAUCAGUUCGCCUCUUUUCUAACCAGUUCGCGUCCUUUAUAACCAGUUACCUCUUUUCUAACCAGUUCGCAAGCCGAAGAAAGACUUACUGAAAGCGAAAGUGGCACGCAACUUUCACAAUGUUGCAAACGAAGAGGAAAGCGAGCCGUACGCCAAAAUCAUAAAAACCUGUAAAAGUAAGUAAAUGAUGUCUUUCUAAACAUAAAAAAAACACGAACAAAAUAAAAAAAAAAAACCCAUAGUGUUUUCAUUACAUCUCCUUCAAAUAUUACUUCAGAUGACAGAUUAAUAGGGUAGACAAUGCGAUCAAGCUGUGGGAAUGAAAUAGUAAGAACAUGGUCAAUGGAAGCCUGAAUAAAGACACAGGAUAAUCGAAAGGACGUUUCUGUUAAAAGCCACCAUCAACAACAACAAACAACAAAAAAUUAUCAUAAUUAUCAUAAUCAUUAUCAUGUCCCUUAGUCCUUGGGCCGUUGGGGUGCCACAGAUGACCUGAAAAGUAUCCUUUUCCAUUCACUUCUGUUUUCUGCACUUCGGACAGCACCCCCUUGUUUGACCACCGUCCAUAAUAAUAAUUAUAAUUAUAAUAACAAGGGAAGAGAAAAACAACCGAACUUUGGCACUGGAAAGAUUUCAUCUAGAGAAUACCAAUGUAGGCUACUUAGUGUCUCAUUGAGAACGCAGAGAAGUUGUCAAUAGAUAAUACGUACAGGGAUUAAGUUUUUCCAUUGGUCUCCAGUGAUAAAAAGACCACAAAAAAAAAAAACCACACACACACACACAAUUAGAAAUAUCAGACGUAAGCUGUGGUGCACAGCUGGGACGGGUGGCGAUCAGGGCGGGUAAGCUUUUUUGCCGCGCCCCCUUCCACAAAAAAAAAAAAAUGUUAGCAGUAGUACGAAGGUGCAAGCCCUCUAUAUAGGUAUAUUUAUAAGUGCCGUCCUAGGCAGACCGCCGAUUCCACACACCACUGGCAACGCCCUUUAAAGUCAUGUGUUAAAAAGAAGAAGAAGAAAAAAAAACAUUAAUUUCAUCACUGACCAUCCUAUUUAUUUAAGUGAAAUCUAAAAUUUAGAGACUGAGGUUUCUAGAAAAUUUUGAUUGUUUAAUACAAGAUUAUAUUUAUAAAUCAUCGAAAAUUACUGCAAAUUUUUUUUUGUUAUUUUUCGUCGUUCUAUUAAGGCAACAAUAAAAUGGAAGAUACACAGGAUCCCAUAUACAACAAUGAAAUGGAAAAUACAUCAGACGUCAUUUACAACAAUGAGAUGGUGAGCCUAGAGACGAGCAGCACAGAAUCCAGCCCAUGCACGGAACAGCCUACCAACGAAAAGGCAUGGGACACCGCUGUGGAGCCUGAUGAGGUAAGUGUACAGACCCAUGUAUAAAGACGUUCAGUUUAUUAUCGCAGCUUGGCGUAUGUUUCAGCUUCACUAACUAACUUAGAUAUUCUGUAUAAAAAAGGGGAUGGGGUCUUGAGCUUACGUUUUCAAUAGCCUCUGGUUAGUACAUUUGCGACCUGCUCCAUCUGUUGGGCUGUGUCGAAUAACAACUAGUAGCAGAGGACCCUCCCGUCCCACUUGCCUCCCCAGCGUAGCUUUGGACGCCGGUAAGAUGAAGCUGCACUAACAUUAUCCGCAUAAAGCCAACGGCUUGUAUAUAUGUGCGUGGUUGGAUAUUAAAUAGAAUCUCAUUAAAAUUUGAAUUAUUCAUCAAUUGAAUUUUCCCCAUUUCAGUACAUGAGCCCUUAAGGUGGAAAUAAAGUGUCUUUAUAGUUUUCAAAAUUAUGUAAAAAUUACAAAAUAGAAUAAUAUAUUUUAUUACAAUUUAUUUGUGCAAUCAAGAAUUUGUUUCAACCUUACUGGGAUAGUAGAGUUAUAAAAGUGUAUAUUCCGGUUUCUGAACAGUAAUGUUUGAAAUAGAUAUGGUUGCAGUAUACACACGCUGCGACAUAGAUACUAUGCGCAUAAUGAAACACAUAUGCCAAUAAUAGAACACCUAAGUGCCAGCCAACCCAUUUUUUUUUUGUUGAACUCAAACAGGAAUCCGAAGGUCUCGUAUCAAGGCAAUCAGAAAUUAUGGGAUCUGACGAGGAAAUGUGUGAAGAGAGCGACCAAGAAAGUCCCUGUCAAGCAGAUGGUAGGGAAGAGGUUCGGUCCACUGAGCUCAGGGAUCCAAACACGUUAUGAUUGAAAGGGAACCUGUUCGUUAAGGACCAGUGCCGGACAAGCCUGCGUGUUGAGAAUUUAUAUCAACGCUAGUUUGUGAUUAUAUGACGGAUAUAAAGAGCGAAGAAUGACGCAUCUGAUUGAAAAUAUAAUAAAAAAUGCAGUCUACCUAACUAAAAAAAAUAAUGAAUUGAUGAUUUUAAAUAAUUGCAGUUUCAAAAGGUACAAUUUAUUUUUUUUUUUUUAAAUCAUUGUCUUAAGUUGAACAUUUUAAUAAAACUCGUAAAUGCAACCGCCAAAGUGGCCCUGCCAGCUCCCCUCCAACACCGCCCCCAACCCUAAAAA